AUUUGCUGUUCGUUGAGCCAUUUUCCUAAACGCCGCUGUUUUAUUAAUUCAAACUUCGUUACCGUAUUGAUAGGUGAUUUGAGUACUAUUGACUUUAGGAUUUAAUUAUAUCCUGCAGGAACAUGAGUGAAGGGAGAUUUGAUAGAGAACGGUAUGCUUCUAGAUCACGAUCAAGAUCACCUUUCCGAAAAAAUUUCAAUGAAAGGUCAUAUGAUGAUGAGUACAAUAAGAGCAAAAAUAGAAGACGUGAGCGUAGUUCGGAUACGAGAAGAGUUGGAGGUGGUGGAGGAGCUGCUAAGAACAGAGUCUUUGUAAACAACAUUCCCUUUGAAUGUCGCUGGAUGGAAAUAAAAGAUUUAUUUAGAGAAAAAGUGGGAGAUGUGGCUUUUGUUGAAUUAUUUGAAGAUGACAAUGGAAAAUUCAAAGGCUGUGG